CCGACCGAUACCAUGUCUUGUUGCGAAGGAAUCAUUGACUCCUAAGCAUACACUACUUGAUUGAGAAAAACUUAGCAGUUCACUACACUGCAACCAUUGUUCUCUUACCUUUCUCUGAAAAUCCAUUCACUUUGCUGUUGUUGAGAUCAUAUCAUCAUGGCCGUUGCAGUUGUUGGUGGAGCUUUGCUCUCUGGAUUCAUUAACAUUGUCAUUAACAAGUCCCUUAGAGAGGAUGUGGUCAACCGGCUCUUGGGCAAGAAACUUGGCCCUCGCUUGGUUGAGAGGCUGAAAAUUUCUCUGCUUGCCGCUGAAGCUGUGGUUGAUAAUGCUGAGUACAAGCAACUGGGCGACUAUCGUGUGAGGGAUUGGCUCAACGGUCUGAGAGAUGCUGUUUAUGAUGCUGAUGACUUUCUGGACGCUGUACUCACCAAAGCCGCCACUCAAAAGAAGGUACGUUCUUUGUUGCCUAGUGUCUUCCUCAACCGACAUAGGAAGAUGGUAGAUAACAUGGAAGAGGUGGUUGCAAGAAUAGAAUUUCUUGUAAAGCAGAAAGAUGACCUUGGCCUUCAAAAGAGUACCAAGGAUAAUAACUUGUCAUCAUCAUCAUCAUCAUCAUCAUCAUCAUCAAAAUGGCGAGAAACCACAUGUCUGAUGAUGGAAGGGAAGAUAUAUGGCAGGGAGGAUUAUCAACAAGAUUUAAUCAAAAUAAUAAAUGACAAGAGUGAAUCUCAGUUAUCUGUGAUUCCUAUUGUUGGUUUGGGUGGGGUUGGUAAAACAACCUUAGCCAAAUGGGCGUACAGGGACGUGAAAGGAUUUGAUGAUGAUAAAAAAGUAUGGGUCUGCAUCUCUGAAACAUUUGAUGUUGCUGAGAUUACAAAGAAAACCAUUGAGGCGAUUACUAAAAAGUCUUGUACCCUUGGGAGUUUAAAUUUGCUUCAAAAUAAACUACAGGAAAUCUUGUCGGGAAAGAAGUUCUUUAUUGUUCUAGACGAUGUUUGGAGCAAAGAUGCCCAUAAGUGGAAGGACUUUAUAACUCCUUUUCAAUGUGCGGCUAAGGGUAGUUCAAUUCUUCUAACAACUCGCAAUCAAGAGGUUGCUUCAGUAGUUCAAACAUGUCCCUCUUUCAUUCUUUAUGAGUUGUCCGACAAGUCUUGUUGGUUAUUGUUUGCAGCCAAUGCAUGUUUUCCGCAGUCAAACGGUAAUCCAAUAUUAGAGGAAAUCGGUAGAAAGAUCAUCAAGAAGUGUAAAGGGUUGCCAUUAGCUGUUGAAACACUUGGGCGCUUGCUGCGAGGAAAGAAUGAUGCUAAAGAAUGGAAUGCUGUUUUAAGGAGUGAUAUCUGGGAAUUUUCUACGGAAGAUAGUAAAAUUAUUCCAGCAUUGUUAAUAAGCUACUACCAGCUACCUCCUUACUUGAAGCGUUGUUUCGUUUAUUGUUCCUUGUUUCCCAAAGAUUACUAUUUUGAUAAAGACAAACUAGUUUUGCUGUGGAUGGCUGAAGAUCUUUUAAGGCUACCAAAGAGAGGAGAGAGUUUAGAAGAGGUUGGUUCUCAGUGUUUUGAAGAAUUAGCUUCAAGGUUAUUUUUUAAACCAGCUGAUGAGGAUUUUCCCGAGGCGUACGUGAUGCAUGAUCUCUUGCAUGACUUGGCAAUAUUCCUUGCUGGAGACUUCUAUUGUAGAAUAGAAGAGCUUGGUGAACAACAAAAGAAGAAGGUUCUCACUCGUCAUUUGUCACAUUUGCCACAUGGAAGCUUAGAUCAUCCAAUCUCAAAAGUCUUCAAGUUCGUUGUCAAAUCAGAAACUUUGAGGACAUCGUUGUAUAUCAAUGAUUUGUUAAGCAUGGAAAGCAGAGCAUCAAAGUUGAAAUACUUGAGAGUCUUAUCCUUUCGUGAACUUGAUGCAUUACCAGGUUCAAUAGGUAAAUUGAUUCAUCUACGCUAUUUGAAUCUCUCUGGGACCAAUGUUAAGACAUUACCAGAGUCACUAUGCAACUUGUAUAAUCUACAAACAUUAAUAUUGUAUAAAUGUUCUAACCUGACCAUGUUGCCCAAUGACAUGCAUAAACUUGUGAAUUUACGGCAUCUUGAUCUUAAGGGAACUUCUUUGAAAGAAAUGCCUAGAGGAAUAAGUAAACUGAAACACUUGCACACCUUAAGUUCGUUUGUGGUGGGCAAGCACAAAGACAAUGGAAUCGAGGAAUUAGGAGGGCUCUCAAAUCUUGAAGGAUCAUUUGAGAUUAAGAAGUUGGAGAAUGUUGCUGAUGUCAGACAAGCCAGGAGUGCAAGGAUGUUGGAGAAAAACUACAUUGACAAGUUAUCGUUGGAAUGGUCUUCAGAUCAUGAAAUGGUUUCGAACACAAAGACUGAGAGAGAUAUACUCGAUAACUUGAAACCGCACACUGGCUUGAAAGAGUUGAGAAUGGAGGGAUACAAGGGCGAAAGAUUUCCAGAUUGGGUGGGACACUGUUCUUACAACAAUAUGACAAGUAUAACACUAUCAUCUUGCAAGAAUUGCUGCAUGCUGCCUUCACUUGGACAACUGCCAUCUCUAAAGUCCCUGCGCAUUGAAGGUUUUAAUCAGCUGAAGCGUAUUGGUGAUGAGUUUUACAAGAGUGACAGCGAUCAUCAUUCUUCGCCUACUGCUCCGUUUCCCUCACUGGAGAGGUUGGAAUUUGAUAAGAUGCCAUGCUGGGAGGAGUGGCACGUACCUGACCCAGAAGCGUUUCCUCAGCUUAAGAUACUUCAAAUAGAACGUUGUCGAAUGUUAAAGGGAGAUAUGCUUAAUGCCAUAUUGUGGAGAAGGGAUUGUUGUUUGCGGGAAGAUGAUGAAGGAAGGUCUGAUGACGAGAUGGUAGGUGGUGGGGAUGCUUUAUCAAUAAGGCCAUCUCAAUCAUUUAAUGCAACCACCAUCAACCAUCUAUGUUGCCUCCAAGAACUACGUAUUGUUGGGUGUCCGUCUAUUGUAUCCUUUCCGGACAAUUGUUUACCCAAAUCUCUGCAAAAGCUGAAAAUCUGGCUUUGCCCAAAAUUUGAAUUCCCCGAGCAACAGCAGCGCAACUAUGAUUUGGUAGACCUACAAAUACAAUACAGCUGUGAUUCACUGAGCUCCUUGUCGUUGGAUGUGUUUCCCAAUCUCAAGAAUUUGGAGAUAUCAUGUUGUAGGAAUCUGGAAUCAGUGUCAAUUUCAGAGGCACCACACGCUGCGCUUCAACGUCUCACCAUUACUUACUGCGACAAAUUAGUGUCAUUUGCAGGAGAAGGACUGGCUGCACCCAACUUGACUCAUCUUCAAGUCAAAUACUGCUCAAAGUUGGAGGCAUUACCACGUGACAUGAAGAGUCUACUCCCAAGUUUACACUCUCUAAAGAUAUCUGGUUGCAAAAACAUUUGCAGGUUGCCAGAGGGUGGUUUGCCGCCUAACUUGAAAGAGCUUUAUGUGGGAGGUUGCGAGGAACAACUGUGGGAUCUAUCAUGGAUCGCCAACUUCCACGCCCUCACUUAUCUCAGAAUUGAAGGUUAUUAUGACUGCGACAACAUAAAGUCAUACCUGGGUUCGCUGCCUCACCUUCCCUCCCUUACCACUCUUGAGAUAUGGGGGUUUGAUAAUCUGGAGACAUUGGAGUGCAACGAGCUUCUCCGCCUCACCUCCCUUCAACAACUACACAUUGAAUGGUGUCCAAAGAUGGAGAAUAUGGAAGGAGAAAAGCUGCCUCCCUCUCUCUUGCUACUUGAAGUUUAUUCUUGUGAUUUGCUGGGAAAACACUGCAAGAAUAAGCAUCAACUAAUCUGGCCCAAAAUUUCCCACAUUCCCACCAUUGAAGUCGAUUUUGAACAAAUUUUCUGAAUAGAGAUUUCUGAAGAGGUACAUUGUAAUGAAGUAAAAGUGCCCAAAUGGCAGAGAUUUCAUCAUAUAUAAUCUUAUACAAAUAUUUUAGCUUCAGGUGAAAAGUUCACGGAUGUUAGAGAUUUCAUUGCACAUAUAUAUAUAAUGGAGAUGUAAAGUGGAUUAAUGUGUUGGGAAGCAGUAGUGCUUUUUUAUUUCAGCCUUCAUUUUAAUUGAUAUCUACACUAGUAAAUUAAUGACUGAUGUGUAUCAUAUCCACACCACAUGUGGAGUUGCUUGGAUUAUUCAAUUCAAUGCUUUGCUUCGAAGACAGGAACCAUAGAUGGUUGUUUGGUUAUCAAUAGCAGUCAUGUUUGGUUAUCAAUAUGCUAAACAAAUGAGUUUCAAUAUCUAAUGCAAAGGUUGUAUCAAACUUGAA